UUGAACUUGAGAUUUGAAAGACACCCCUCUCUUAGCUUUAGCUAUCUAAUGGAGUUCCAAUUUCCAUUCAAUUUCAUUUUCUUAUUUUUUUUCCUAUCAUUCCUCUAUCUUCUACCUGUUGAAUGGAAAAAAUCAAGAAACUUUAACAAAAAACUUCCUCCAGGACCAUGGAAAUUGCCUUUCAUAGGAAGUAUCCAUCACUUGGUACUAGAAGGUGGACUUCCUCAUCAUGCACUAACAAACUUGGGUAAAAAAUAUGGGCCUCUCAUGCACCUACAACUAGGGGAAAUUUCUACGGUCGUAGUUUCUUCUAUGGACAUGGCGCGGGAGGUACUGAAAACCCAUGACCUUGCUUUUGCAUCGAGGCCUAAAUUAAUGUCCAUCGACAUAAUAUGUUACAAGAGCACAGACAUUGUGUUUAGUCCUUACGGAGAAUACUGGAGACAAAUGCGUAAAGUAUGUGUCAUGGAACUCCUCACCACCAAGAAUGUCCGGUCCUUUAGUUCCAUCUGGCACGACGAGGCAUCUCGUCUCGUGCAAUUCAUCCAGUCAACGACACAUGGUGAGCCAAUAAACAUUACGGAACGGAUUUUAUGGUACGCGAGUUCAGUUACAUGUAAGGCAGCAUUUGGGAAUCAAUUGUUGAAAGACCACGAGAAAUUCAUUCGAAUGGUGAAGGAAUUAUUGGAAUUGGCAGGUGGCUUUAGUUUGGCUGACAUUUUCCCUUCAAUCAAGAUCCUCCAUGUACUAAGUGGAGUGAGGAGUAGAAUCUUGAAAGUUCACAAAAAUGUUGAUGCUAUUGUUGAGGAUGUUAUCAAUGAGCACAAGAAGAAUAUUGCAAGUGGUAAAAAGGGAAAUGGUGCAUUUGGAGGUGAAGAUUUAGUUGAUGUUCUACUAAGAUUAAUGGAGAGUGGGGAACUCAAAAUCCCAAUCACCAAUGACAACAUCAAAGCAAUUAUGGUUGACUUGUUCUCUGCGGGAACAGAAACUUCAUCAACAACAGCAACAUGGGCUAUGACAGAAAUGAUGAGGAACCCAAGUGUGUUAAAAAAGGCACAAGCAGAAGUAAGAGAAGCAUUCAAAGGGAAAGGAACUUUCGAUGAGGAUGUUAUUGAGGAAUUGAAAUACCUAAAACAAGUUGUUAAAGAAACCUUCAGACUUCAUCCUCCAGUCCCUCUCUUAGCCCCCAGAGAAUGCAGGGAAGAAACAAACAUCAACGGAUACACCAUCCCAUUAAAAACAAGAGUCAUGGUUAAUGUUUGGUCGAUGGGAAGGGACCCAAAGUAUUGGGAAGAUGCGGAAAGCUUUAUACCUGAGAGAUUCGAGCAGAGCUCUGUGGAUUUCAUGGGGAAUAACUUUGAGUAUCUUCCUUUUGGUGCCGGAAGGAGAAUGUGUCCUGGGAUUACAUUUGGUUUGAUCAAUGUUUAUCUUCCACUAGCCAAAUUGCUCUAUCAUUUUGAUUGGAAAUUACCUGAUGGUCAGAAGCCAGAGGAUGUGGACAUGACUGAGUUUUCUGGAAUAACUGCAGCAAGAAAGAGUGAGCUUUACUUGAUUGCCACUCCUUAUUAUCCCUCUCAAUAAUGAUGUUUGAUACAAGUUUAUAUAACAGUGAGGGUUGUUUCUCCUCUUUUCUUUCUUCUUUUUCUUUUUUGGUUCUUUGUGUGUUUCUGUCC